AAAACAGCACGCAUAGACUUCACAUGAAGCCAUAAUUAAACACACACAUAUAUAUAGCUCAAUUAAACAGGAGGAGGAGCUCGGAGUUAGCAGCUCUAGACCAAGAAGAAGAAGAAGAAGGAAGGAAGGGGAUUAAUCAAUCAAGGGAAACAUGGCGAUGGAGAUCCACAAGAUCGCGAGCCUGCGGCGGCGGGAGAGCUGGCGGCGGGGCGACGGCGUGUUCUCGCGGUCGUCGUCGCGCUUCUCCCACGACGAGGAGGACGACGAGGAGGCGCUGCGGUGGGCGGCGCUGGAGCGGCUGCCGACGUACGACCGGGUGCGGCGGGGCAUCCUGCAGAUGGAGGAGACGGGGCAGAAGGUGGACGUGGACGUCGGGAAGCUCGGCGCCCGCGAGAGCCGCGCGCUCAUCGACCGCCUCGUCCGCGCCGCCGACGACGACCACGAGCAGUUCCUCCUCAAGCUCAGGGACCGGAUGGACAGGGUCGGCAUCGACUACCCCACCAUCGAGGUGCGCUUCGAGAAGCUGCAGGUGGAGGCGGAGGUUCUCGUCGGCGACCGUGGCUUGCCCACGGUCCUCAACUCCGUCACCAACACCUUGGAGGCUAUUGGGAAUGCGCUGCACAUCCUCCCUAGUAGGAAACAGCCGAUGACCAUCCUCCAUGGCGUCAACGGAAUCAUUAAACCUCGGAGGAUGACUUUACUUUUGGGGCCUCCUGGGUCAGGAAAGACUACAUUGCUUCUGGCAUUGGCCGGGAAGCUUGACAAGGAGCUCAAGGUUUCAGGGAAGGUUACCUACAAUGGGCAUGCAACAAAUGAGUUUGUCCCAGAAAGGACAGCCGCUUACAUUAGCCAGCAUGAUCUCCACAUUGGGGAGAUGACUGUGAGGGAGACCUUGGCCUUCUCAGCACGGUGCCAAGGUGUUGGAUCAAGAUAUGAAAUGCUGACCGAGUUGGCAAGAAGGGAAAAGUCAAACAACAUCAAGCCAGAUCAUGAUGUCGAUGUCUAUAUGAAGGCCUCAGCUACGGGAGGGCAAGAGUGCAAUGUUGUUACAGAGUACAUAUUGAAGAUUUUAGGAUUGGAUAUUUGCGCUGACACGGUGGUUGGAAAUGAUAUGUUAAGGGGUGUAUCUGGUGGACAACGGAAGCGUGUGACAACAGGUGAAAUGCUUGUUGGUCCAGCAAGAGCUCUGUUCAUGGAUGAGAUAUCGACUGGACUGGACAGUUCAACCACAUACCAGAUUGUGAAUUCCCUUAGGCAGACUAUCCACGUCCUUGGUGGAACUGCUGUCAUCUCCCUGCUCCAGCCCGCACCUGAAACAUACAACUUAUUUGAUGACAUUAUACUCCUGUCAGAUGGCCAUAUUGUGUACCAGGGCGCCCGUGAGCACGUGCUCGAGUUCUUUGAGUCGAUGGGCUUCAGAUGCCCCGUUAGAAAGGGUGUAGCUGACUUCUUGCAGGAAGUGACAUCAAGGAAAGAUCAGGAGCAGUAUUGGUAUAGGAGUGACACGCCGUAUCGUUUUGUGCCCGUGAAGCAGUUUGCUGAUGCAUUUCGUUCCUUCCACAUGGGACAGUCCAUUCUGAAUGAGCUCUCGGAGCCUUUUGACAGGACCAGGAGCCACCCUGCUGCUCUUGCUACCUCCAAGUUUGGUGUCAGCAGGAUGGAGUUGCUCAAAGCCACUAUUGAUAGAGAGCUCCUACUUAUGAAGAGGAACUCAUUUGUGUAUAUGUUUAGAGCUGCUAAUCUAACUCUUAUGGCGUUCCUCGUGAUGACCACAUUUUUCCGUACCGAAAUGCGUCGUGAUUCAACUUAUGGAACAAUCUACAUGGGGGCAUUGUACUUUGCCCUUGACACAAUCAUGUUUAAUGGUUUCUCGGAGCUUGGCAUGACUGUCACGAAACUUCCUGUUUUCUUCAAACAGAGGGAUCUCCUUUUCUUCCCUGCGUGGGCCUACACCAUACCAUCAUGGAUUCUUCAAAUUCCUAUCACAUUUGUUGAAGUGGGAAUUUAUGUUUUCACCACAUACUAUGUCAUUGGAUUUGAUCCCAGUGUAAGCAGGUUUAUUAAGCAGUAUCUACUGCUCCUAGCACUCAAUCAGAUGUCGUCUUCGUUGUUUCGCUUCAUUGCUGGACUGGGAAGAGACAUGGUUGUGUCUAGUACUUUUGGGCCCUUAGCAUUGUUGGCUUUUGCCACAUUGGGUGGCUUUAUUCUUGCAAGACCCGAUGUGAAGAAAUGGUGGAUUUGGGGUUACUGGAUAUCUCCAUUAUCAUACGCACAGAAUGCUAUUUCGACAAACGAAUUUCUGGGGCACAGCUGGAACAAAAUUCUUCCUGGACAAAAUGAGACGAUGGGAAUUAGCAUCCUGAAAUCUCGUGGAAUUUUUACCCAAGCUAAUUGGUAUUGGAUUGGGUUUGGUGCCAUGAUCGGAUACACACUCCUCUUUAACCUGCUAUACACUCUAGCUCUUUCAUUUUUGAGUCCAUUUGGUGACUCUCACUCAUCAGUGCCUGAAGAAACGCUGAAGGAAAAACAUGCCAAUUUAACUGGCGAAAUUCUUGGGAAUCCCAAGGAAAAGAAAUCUAGGAAGCAGGGGUCGUCCCGCACUGCCAAUGGAGACCAGGAGAUCAGCAGUGUGGAUUCUAGUUCAAGGAGGAGGGGCAUGGUACUUCCAUUUGCACAACUGUCACUAACCUUUAACGCCAUAAAAUACUCAGUGGACAUGCCACAGGCAAUGACAGCACAAGGAGUAACGGAAGAUCGCUUGCUGCUUCUAAAGGAAGUUAGUGGUUCUUUCAGGCCAGGAGUACUUACUGCAUUGAUGGGUGUGAGUGGUGCCGGAAAGACUACUCUCAUGGAUGUAUUAGCGGGAAGAAAAACGGGAGGAUACAUAGAGGGGGAUAUCACCAUCUCUGGCUAUCCAAAGAAGCAAGAAACUUUUGCACGUAUAUCAGGAUACUGUGAGCAAAAUGAUAUUCACUCUCCUCAUGUAACAGUUCAUGAGUCACUCAUGUUUUCUGCAUGGCUGCGGCUUCCUUCGGAGGUUAACUCAGAAGCAAGAAAGAUGUUUAUUGAGGAGGUCAUGGAGCUAGUAGAACUCACCUCAUUGAGGGGCGCACUUGUUGGGCUUCCAGGAGUUAAUGGCCUAUCAACCGAGCAACGCAAGAGGCUGACAAUUGCUGUGGAACUUGUUGCUAACCCAUCCAUCAUUUUCAUGGAUGAGCCAACAUCUGGUCUUGAUGCCCGGGCAGCUGCAAUUGUGAUGAGGACAGUGAGGAAUACUGUUAACACCGGCAGGACCGUUGUUUGCACCAUUCACCAGCCAAGUAUUGACAUAUUUGAAGCAUUUGAUGAGCUUUUCCUAAUGAAGAGAGGAGGAGAAGAGAUAUAUGUCGGUCCACUAGGCCAUAAUUCCUCAGCAUUGAUUGAGUACUUCGAGGGAAUUGAUGGCGUUAGUAAGAUAAAAGAUGGAUAUAACCCAGCAACAUGGAUGUUGGAAGUGACCUCUGGUGCCCAGGAGGAGAUGCUUGGCGUUGAUUUCUGUGAAAUCUACAGGAGAUCAGAUUUAUAUCAAAGGAACAAGGAGCUUAUAGAGGAACUAAGCACGCCACCUCCUAAUUCUAAUGAUCUCAACUUCCCUACACAGUACUCCAGAUCAUUCUUUACACAGUGCCUAGCUUGCUUAUGGAAGCAGAAGUUAUCAUAUUGGAGGAACCCAUCCUACACCGCAGUGAGAUUGCUCUUCACCGUCAUCAUUGCACUACUGUUUGGGACAAUGUUUUGGGACCUCGGAACGAAGACUAGAAGAGAACAAGAUCUAUUCAAUGCAGUUGGAUCAAUGUAUGCUGCAGUUCUUUACCUUGGAAUCCAAAACUCUGGUUCGGUCCAACCAGUAGUGGUAGUGGAGCGAACAGUCUUUUACCGAGAAAGAGCAGCCGGCAUGUAUUCAGCUUUCCCCUAUGCAUUUGGACAGGUUGCAAUUGAAUUCCCAUACAUCCUGGUGCAGACUCUAGUAUAUGGCGUACUGGUCUAUUCCAUGAUUGGAUUUGAGUGGACUGUUGCCAAGUUCUUUUGGUACAUGUUCUUCAUGUACUUUACACUGCUAUAUUUCACCUUCUACGGUAUGAUGGCAGUAGGGCUGACACCAAACGAGAGUGUAGCAGCCAUUAUCUCAUCUGCAAUCUACAAUGCAUGGAACCUCUUCUCCGGAUAUCUUAUUCCUCGACCUAAAAUCCCUGUUUGGUGGAGAUGGUACAGUUGGAUUUGCCCGGUUGCGUGGACGCUAUACGGAUUGGUUGCCUCCCAAUUUGGAGAUAUACAGACCAAACUCGACGGCAAAGAACAAACCGUGGCGCAGUUUAUCACACAGUUCUACGGAUUCGAGCGUGACCUGCUGUGGCUUGUUGCAGUGGUGCAUGUAGCUUUCACUGUUGGUUUCGCUUUCCUCUUCAGUUUUGCUAUCAUGAAGUUCAACUUCCAGAGGAGAUAAGGAUGAGGUGUCAGUUUUGCAUCCAUUGUCAAUGGACUGAACUAAGUAGUUAGUUGUCCUGUAAAUGAUACAGAAGUAGUUGCAAGUUUGGUAUACCUAUGCUCAGCAGGAUCAAUAGAAAAUGGUAACGCAUGUCUAGGCAAAGACAAGCCCUCCUCGUUCUUGACCACUUCUAGGUGAUACUUUUAGGAGGAACCUAGUGCUUGUCAGAUAAUACAUGCUAACCAUGUGCAGUAAUGUUUACAUUUUCUACGAAUUAAAAGGAUCAAGACAUACUCCGUA